AUGUCUCGUCGUCGAAUAUCGCAUAGCGAGAUGAACGAGGCUCUCGCUCAUCCCUUCAUGCAGUUAAACGGUCAGUCCAACGGUCAACGCCGCGGCCCCAUCGAAGGCCCCAAUGGCCGUCGUCUCAUCCGUCGCGUCACAUGGCGCUCCUCAACGUACAAGCUCAUGGCCUCGCUGUGGGUGCUCGGCGUGCUCUAUAUCCUCUGGCUAGUCCGCGACCUCUUCUUACCAUUUUCCCCGUCCGAUUCCGAAUCCACCCCACCUGCUCAACUCGACUAA